GAGCACAGCCGGUGUUUAGGGUCCUUGCUUGGUAAGUCCCGUACGUCGUCAACAGUCUCGCAGAGGGACCUAGAGCUGUACAAUCAACAUGAACUGCACGCUGACAAAGCUCAACCAUCUCAGGAGUUUCGCCAGUAGCUCUAUAAGGGCCCUCUCUGUGGGUAGUGCGCGCUCCUCAGACCGCGAGAGCUGGCUGUCGAAGUUGCUCCAUGUGAGAACCAUCGAUCCAGGGAAGUCGUCCCACUCGAUCACCCUCGCCGAUCCGAAAGCCGAGAAGAUAUACGAGCUGCAGGUUCACAACGCUUAUCCUAAGGAUCGAGAUCAAUACAUCAGCGCAUAUGAGAAAUAUGUUGCUGCAAUAGCCCGGAAAGUGAGCACAGCCGAGCACAUCGGGAGCUGGCAAGUGGUCAUCGGCGAUCAGGAUCAAUUUGUGCAUGUAUGGCGCCACAGCGCGGGAUAUCCAUCUGCUUCAGAUUUCGUAUGGGCUCACGUCAAGGACGACGAGAUAAGGGGUCUCGUCGCAGAUCAGAAUAAGCUCAUCAGAUCUCGCGAGAAUACUUUCAUGCUGGCAUUUUCCUUCUGGGGUCAUCCAGAACCGAAAGCGAACGGAGGAAUCUAUGAGAUGCGGUCAUACAUUUUGAAGCCGGGAACGAUGAGCGAGUGGGGCAAUAAUUGGGCUCGCGGGAUAACGUUCCGACGAGAGAACGCUGUAGCCGGAUUCUUCAGUCAAAUAGGACAACUACACAUGGUGCAUCAUUUUUGGACUUACAAGAGCCUGACCGAUCGCAAACAGACCCGUGAGAGGAAUUGGCAGAAACCGGGCUGGGAUGAAUGCGUCGCGUAUACGGUACCAUUGAUCCGCGAGAUGAGGUCGAGAUGGUUGUUCGCUCUGCCUUUCUCUCCUCUGAAGUGAAUCGAGAGAUGUUCGAUCUAAUCUCCGGUGACUGGCUUGUCGUCCGAGCGUAGCGAUUUCGAACGUGACAGACGUCGAAGAGAUGACGUGGGAGGGUGCCGGCGCUCGGACGUUUUUUCGAGGAGUCAAGUCUCGGAGUCGCACAAGCGAACCGUACGAUGCAUACGAGACGAAUUCAUGCUUCCAAAGAGAAAGUGAGGAUGCAUUCAUUUCGUUGCUGCUGACUCCUACUGGAGCAGAUCGAUGUCGGACAAUUAUCGGAACGACUGCUGUACAUACGAAAUAAAAAAGAGCUUCUUGCAGCUCAAGCGUUUUU